CAUUUUUUUCCCCGAUUCUUACUUUAAUUGCACAAUGCCUCCCAAAAUGUUGCAAAAUAUUAUGAAAACCCAAGUGCGUAGCUAUCAUAACAAGGUGAUCGAGCACUUUACACGUCGCGAGAAUGUUGGUUCUCUGGAUAAAAAGAGCCGUCAAGUCGGCAGUGGUCUAGUAGGUGCUCCUGCUUGCGGUGACGUUCUAAAACUCGAUAUCGCUGUCGACGAAACAACGGGCAAGAUCACUGAUGCAAAGUUUAAAACUUUCGGUUGUGGCUCUGCAAUUGCUAGUAGCAGUUAUGUCGCUGAAAAGGUGCGCGGAUUGUCGCUUGACGAGGCUGGCCAGGUGACGAAUCGAGAGAUUGCUCAAGAAUUAUCGCUUCCACCGGUAAAACUUCACUGCUCAAUGCUAGCAGAAGAUGCCAUCCAAGCAGCUAUUAAGGACUAUGGUUCCAAACGUCGUCAAUAAAGCAUGAAAAGGGGGGA